AUCUUCGAUCAGCUGAGCAGCGGCAGCGACAGCAUCGGCUCCUGUCACUCGGUUUCGCCGGUGGUAGGACGUUCUCUAACCUCGCAAACCGUCCUUCUCAGUUGAUGAGAACAGUUCCAAGAACCUCAGCGCAAUAAUGGCGAUGCUACGAAGUCAAGCGCUCGUGAAAGUUCUGACCCAGGCAAAUACAGGGGGCAUUCAGAGUACGCUACUUCUCAAUUCCGAUGGUGUUCUCUUGGCUUACGCUGGUUACGGCGAACACGAGGCGAAAACGACAGCAGCUUUGGUCAGUUCUGUCUGGAAUUUACAUGAGCAGGAAGGCAAAGGAGGUCUCCAUGACGACAAAGUUCGCCAAGUGAUCAUUGAGCUCGAGGAGGGCUGCGUCCUGAUAAUGCCUGUGGCCCGUCUCCUGCUUUGUUUAUGCGCGCGGAGCAACAUGGACACCGGAUUGAUUCGGGCCAAAGCUCAUGCCUUGGCAAUGCAUCUUGAAGGACCGCUGCUCAAGAUAGGGACGUCGUGAAGUCUUACACCGAUAGUUGCAGGAAGGGUAUCGUCCUAGUCGAGUGAUAUGUUUCGAGGAGAGAUAGUUGUAAGAUUUCAUUGACAUCAUUGAUUAAUAAAUGAAUGCGUCGAUACACGG